CUUGCCAGGGACACUGGGACCUGAGCAAGUGACCUGCGUUCCCCACUUUUCCACAGUCUUAUUUCACCCCGGAGGUGGCAGAGCCAGGUGUCCCCCUGUCCAGGAAGAGCUGUCAGAGAGCUCAGAGAGGAGGGGUCCUGUCUUUCCCCACUCCAGCUCCUGCUUAUGUCCUGCAAUUUCCACCCGUGCUUUCUUCGCUGUUCCAGAUUCAGAUACAGGCUUAUGCAUACGGUGCGCACCUGUAGCACUUUGUUUGAAUUCAUGAUUCUGUAGUUUGGGAAGAAAGGGAGCCUCCCUGUGAAGUUACAGUGGUCUCAGACUGAUUUUUCAUUCAACCCGAGUUCACCAUGGAUGGUGGGGAAAGAGAGCAGGGUGCUGAGCAGGGAGUGAGAGAUGCCACAAGACAACUUCAGCAGAGCAAAUCAUGGAGCAUCUAUGUCUUUGGGCGGGUGGCCAGCACUUAAUGAUUGCAUGUCUCAGAUUCCUGCAUGUCUUUUUUGACUUUAAAUGGUGCAGCUGAUUCUGGUGAGUCAGACAUUUGGAGCGCUGAUCCUAGCCAUGCCUCAGAAUUUGCCCUUGAGCAAAGCCCUUCUUGCUAUGUGUUUCAUUGCUCCUCUCUUUAAGAAACAUCUAUCAUUAAGCCUCAAAACAAUAACAGACUUUAAGUUUAUGAUUUCCUAAAGUAGAAGAUAUCCUGGCCCUCCAGACUUCUCUGAAUAACUGCUUAAUUUAAUUGUCUAAACAAAUGUCUAAUCCCUUUUUGAAUUCUACCAACCUGUUGGAGUCCAUAUUACUGUGAGUUCCACAGUCUAACAUAUGUGGUGGCACAGCUGGAGCCAUCCUGACCUGCCCCCUGGAAGUGGUGAAGACACGUCUACAGUCAUCCCAAUUGACGCUGCGGCCUGUGUGCCUCCCUGAGAUACAGCUGCCGGGUAUGAGUGUGAGGCUGAUACACCCAGCCCCACCGUCCCCUGGAGUACUCAAGUUGCUGAGGGCCAUCCUUGAGAAGGAAGGCAUACGAUCCCUGUUCCGAGGCCUGGGCCCAAACCUUGUUGGGGUUGCUCCUUCUCGGGCUAUCUAUUUUGCUGCCUAUUCUGGUGUUAAGGAGAGGCUCAAUGCUGUUCUUGUACCAGAGUCCAAGAAAGUACACAUGCUGUCAGCAGCUUGUGCAGGAGUUACCUCUGCCACGCUCACUAAUCCUAUCUGGUUAGUGAAAACCAGAAUGCAACUGGAAGCCAGGGUGAAGGGGGAGCUAAGCAGUAAUGCCCUCCAAUGUGCCAUGCAUGUAUACCGCACUGAAGGCCUGCGUGGAUUUUACCGUGGAAUCAGUGCCUCCUAUGCUGGAGUAUCAGAGACCAUCAUACACUUUGUCAUAUAUGAAGCACUAAAACAGCAGCUGAGGAACAGCUGUCAUUCCCUGUCCCCACCGCUCGGACUUCCACCAAACAGCCGUGAUUUCUUUGGACUAAUGGGAGCUGCUGCUGUCUCCAAAACAUGUGCCUCAUGCAUUGCAUAUCCACAUGAGGUCAUUCGGACACGGUUGCGAGAAGAAGGGUGCCGGUACCGCUCCUUUAUACAGACUCUGCAACUUGUGGUCCAUGAAGAGGGACCCAUGGCUUUAUAUCGAGGGCUCCUGGCCCAUUUGAUCCGCCAGAUUCCCAACACAGCUAUCGUGAUGGCUACUUAUGAACUCAUUGUUCAUUUGGCCUCCUCCACCUUGUAAGCACACUGCAGCACCAGGCUGAGGCUGCUGGACCUCAGGGGCCUCAUGCUUCUGAGACUUGGUCCUGUUCCAUGUUCUGAGAGGUGGUGCUUUCCAAUGCAUAGCAGGAUUGGGUGGUGUCUGCAACAUCAGGCAUAGCAUUCUCAGGAAUUUAUUUUGUGCGAAACUUUCAGCUCCAGAAUGCACAAUGUAGCCCUUCUUUCUGGAGACUUGAAGUACUCCAGAAAACAGUGCUUCAAGGUAUCAGUGCACUGGUUUGACAGUGCCUACUGUUAGCUGUCUGUACAAAGCAAGGGUGUGGAACUUAAGGAGGGGGAAGGGAGACAAAGGAGAAAGUGUGUGGGUAUCUUAGCCUCAGAAUCUUCAUUUGGACCCAGAAGCACCCACACAUGGGCACAGUUGGACUUGAAGACAGGGUCUAGAGCGGAGAUGUCUGUGAGAUGUGGUAAGAUGAACAGAGAUCUUGUGGUGAGACCUUUCAUGCCCUCAGAGGGGCUCUUAGGCUCUUGCCUACUGUACUGUCCUCUGACUUCUAAAGAGGAUUCUUCCACUUUGGCUGCCAGUAAAGGUCUUAUUACAGAGUCUUGCUUUGAGUCCUUAGCACAAUGUAGCCAUUGGCCCUAGGAAAUGUUGGGCAGCUGAGUAGUUACACAGUGUCUUCCUUUUGCUGGAUCUGAGAAAUUGGACUAAGUAGAUGAAGGGAAGAAACACAACCUGCUACGAAGCACUACCCUAAUAGCUCGUAGCCUUGUGUUGCUUACAUCCAUUGUUCUUGCACCCCCUUCUUACCUGAGUGACAGAAAGAGGAGGACAACUACUUCCGUCAGAAGUGCUGGGGCCAUUAUGAUGCAAGUUGGAAUCCCUGGUGUGAAAUAUACUUUUAUGCUGUUAAAGGAAGUGGAUCUGGAGAAAAGGUAGAUGAAGUGGAGGAUUUGGCCUGUUUCUACUGAUGACACACUAUGUGUAUGGAAAGAGCCUUAUUUUUUCUGCAAUCAAAGAAUACUCUUUGCUACAUGUGUUACAUUUGUCUGCCACAGCCUGGAAUGCCUUCUGUUCCUCUAUGGGUUCCUAGACCCCAUGUGUGGGGAAGCUACAUUGUCUUUGCAAAGAGAGUAUUUUGACUCUGGAAAAGGACAGGGGGGAUGUGUUUUUCUUGUUCUAACACAUGCGUGCACAAACACACAAACAUAAUCUUUCACAGAGAUGGCAAUUAUUUAAGUAAAUACAUGGGCUGGACAAUCUCCAGUCUUACACUAGAGACUACGCUGGCUGUUUCUCUCCCUGCUCAUAGUGAAAAACCACAGAAGCCCUGAACAUGUUAUUUUAAAUCCAUUUAUUUUAAAAUCCAUUUCAUUUCCUCAUCCUUCUUUCCUUCGUUCAUUUAGUUUAGGAGUAUCGACAACUUUACAAAGCGACACAAGCUGCAGUGUUUUGUUUUUUGCAUGAAACAAGAAUAAACCUCAAAUGACAACAUUGAAAAAA